UUGUUGUCUCACCAUUUUCCUUUUAUUUGCAAUGCAACUGACAAAGUGCAUAAGGACAAUGAAUACAUACCAUAUCAGCUCAAGCGUGCUUCAAUGUAAGACUAGAAAAUAAUUAGCAAUACUACAAAGAAAGGGCAAACGUAACUUCAAUGCCACGCAUCAAUGAAUAUAACAAAAUUGUCACCAGCAGCACAUUACGGUCUCUUCUUCUAUAUAAUGCAACACCUCUUUCAUAUUAUUUCCCACCAAAACUUCCACAAUCAAACCACACAUAAACCCUUCUCAAGAUAUGGCUCCAAAGUCCACAAUGUCCCUAGCAUUGCUCUCUUUAGUGACACUAGUUCUGGCUUUGGGGGCUAAUGCCGGUGGAAUCGCUAUAUAUUGGGGUCAAAAUGGGAAUGAAGGCACGUUAGCGGAAACUUGUGCUACAGGGAAUUACCAAUUUGUAAACGUAGCUUUUCUCACCACCUUCGGCAAUGGCCGAACCCCAGCCAUCAACCUAGCCGGUCACUGUGACCCAACGACCGAUGAAUGCACCAAGUUGAGCCUAGAGAUCAGGUCAUGUCAAGCCAAGGGGAUUAAGGUCAUACUUUCCAUUGGAGGAGCUUCUGGGAGCUACUCUCUAACUUCAGCUGCUGAUGCAAGGCAAGUUGCAACUUACUUGUGGAACAACUUCUUGGGAGGGCAUUCGUCGUCGAGGCCAUUGGGAGCUGCAGUAUUGGAUGGAAUUGACUUUGAUAUUGAGGGAGGGACUGACCAAUAUUGGGAUGACCUUGCUAGGUACCUAUCUGGAUAUAGCAAGAGAGGCAAGAAAGUUUACUUGACUGCUGCCCCACAAUGUCCCUUUCCUGAUGCUUGGAUUGGAAAUGCACUUAAGACAGGCCUCUUUGACAAUGUUUGGGUUCAGUUCUACAACAACCCACCCUGUCAGUACACUUCCGGCGAUGUGGCCAAUCUGGAGGACGCUUGGAAGCAGUGGACUUCAGCCAUCCCUGCACAUAAGAUUUUCUUGGGGUUGCCUGCUGCACCUCAGGCUGCCGGUAGCGGUUUUAUUCCUGCUUCUGAUCUCAACUCACAAGUCCUUCCGGCUAUUAAAAACUCGGCUAAGUAUGGAGGUGUCAUGCUUUGGUCCAAGUAUUAUGAUGAUCUUGAUGGAUACAGCUCCUCCAUCAAGAGUCAUGUCUAAAAUUUCAAUAUGUUUACUAUUUGAAGAACAAAAGGGACUACAUAAGUAUGUAUCUGCCAGUCUAUAUCGAUUGAGUUUAUGCAAUGUCACUACUAUUAAUUUCCUAGGUUUUUAUGAAUGAAUGGUAUGAUCAUGAGUAAAAGAAUGAC